UACUAAACCAAAAUGUAUUAGUGAAAUUAGUAAAAGAGUAAUUAAUUGAUUCCCCCCACCCUUUUCUCUUCUUUGCCCUUCUCUCUCCUCUCUCUUGCCAUCAGUUUUCUUCGAUUUGUUGAUCUGCUUCACAGGAAUACCUGCUCUGAUCUUCUUUUCUUCAAACUUUCACUACUUACUGGAUCGCCGACAAACACAAGAACACCAAAUGAGCAACUAAUAUUUAUUCAAAUGCUAUUAUUUUCUCUCUGAUUCAUGGUUGCCUUUGGAAGAUGAAGAUAGAUUUUUGAGGAGCAAAAAGUGAUAUUGUGAGCUUGGUUCAAGUGGGGGCUUAGAUUUGCUUAGAUUUUUGAUAUGGGUGGGUGUUUUCCUUGCUGGGAAUCAUCCAACCAUGCUGGGAACAGUGACAAAGAAGCUGCUAACAAAGACGGUGGUGUGAAAGAUAGCUCAAUUAUCCAGUCUCAUCAACUGGCCAAAGUUAAUUCAGAUAAAUCCAAGUUUCGCAAUGGUUCUGAUCCAAAGAAGGAGCCAGCAGUUUCAAAGGACGGCUCAACUGCUCAUAUUGCUGCACAGACAUUUACAUUCAGGGAGCUUGCAGCCGCCACAAAGAAUUUUAGACCAGAGUCCUUGUUGGGCGAGGGAGGUUUUGGACGUGUCUACAAGGGUCGAUUGGAGAGCACUGGACAGGUAGUUGCAGUGAAACAGCUUGACCGGAAUGGGCUUCAAGGAAACAGAGAAUUUUUGGUUGAGGUUCUGAUGCUUAGCCUUUUGCACCAUCCUAACCUGGUCAAUUUGAUUGGAUACUGUGCCGAUGGUGAUCAACGGCUUCUUGUAUAUGAAUAUAUGCCGUUGGGUUCAUUGGAGGAUCAUUUACAUGAUAUCCCACCUGGCAAAGAGCCUCUUGACUGGAAUACACGGAUGAAGAUUGCAGCUGGUGCUGCCAAGGGAUUGGAGUAUUUGCAUGACAAAGCAAAUCCCCCUGUCAUAUACCGGGAUUUAAAAUCAUCAAAUAUCCUUCUGGAUGAGGGAUUUCAUCCUAAGUUAUCCGACUUCGGACUUGCAAAAUUGGGUCCUGUUGGAGACAAGACUCAUGUCUCCACACGGGUCAUGGGCACGUAUGGUUACUGUGCUCCUGAAUAUGCAAUGACUGGCCAACUGACUUUAAAGUCAGAUGUGUACAGUUUUGGGGUGGUUUUCCUUGAACUCAUCACAGGGAGAAAGGCCAUUGAUAACACUCGGGCACCUGGAGAGCAUAAUCUUGUUGCUUGGGCACGUCCGCUUUUCAAAGAUCGUAGAAAGUUUCCCAAAAUGGCGGACCCUCUGCUGCAGGGACGUUAUCCAAUGCGAGGUCUUUACCAAGCUCUUGCAGUUGCAGCAAUGUGUCUGCAAGAACAAGCUGCCACGAGACCCCUUAUCGGUGAUGUUGUGACCGCUCUUACAUAUUUGGCAUCACAAACCUAUGAUCCAAAUGCACCUAGCAACCAGAGCAGUAGAGGGGGUUCCUCCACUCCAAGGAGUCGAGAUGAUCGGAGAAGCUACGGUGAUAGUCUUGAUAGUCCAGAUAGGCGUGCAGCCCGUUUGAGUUCACCUUCCACCUUAAGGAAUUCACCGGACUUCAGAAAGAGAGAUCAUGUUCGAGAACUAAGCACAGGUGCGGAGUUAGGCAGGAGUGAAAUAGGGGGUGGUUCAGGAAGGAGAUGGGGCUUGGAUGACCUAGAAAGACAGGAAUCACAGAGAGGAAGCCCUGCUAGUGCAGGGAGAACACCAAGAAACCGUGAUAUUGAUAGAGAACGUGCGGUCGCAGAGGCUAAAGUAUGGGGUGAAAAUUGGAGAGAGAAAAAACGCGCAAAUGCAAUGGGAAGUUUUGACAGCUCAAAUGAGUAGCAGAAGCAGAAUUUCUCUUUCAGAAAUUCCACAAGGCAGAGAAAAACCAUCCAUAUUGGUGAAGAAAUGAUAUAGCUGGAAAUCUCAUCUUUUACGGUCUUGGUUUUCUGCUAUGCCAGCAAUAAGAGUGUUCUUACUUGUAUCCCACCUUCAACUGUUGGCUGUUGAGUUAGAAUGGCAGAAAAUGUGUAUGUUUUUUGUGGUUAAGAAAGAAGAUGGUGAUACAGUUGAAUGAUGGAGUAACAGAGGGGUUUAGUGUCUGUCAAUGAUUGUAAACAUUUAAAUGUUUUUAAUGUAUUUAGGGUUUAGAAAGUACAGUGUAGAGGAGCAAGGUGCUUAAAUCUGUAUCCCCAUUAUAUAUUGUUGGUGCAUAUUGCCUAUUGGGGGAAAGAAUUAGCAGGUCUGGGUUUUUCGGAUGUCUCAUUGCUGUCAUUACAUCCUUGUAAUCAGUACAGUUUUUUUUUUUUUUUGUCUAUCUUCCCUGCAAAUUUAUGAGUCAGUCAGUCAUGUUUCCGGCAUUGUGUAGUUUAAUCGCGUCACUCCUCUUCCAGGAUAACCACACUUGUAUCAGCUGUAUGUUUGUACUCUUAUGCAUAUAUUCCUUGUUAUUGGUUUAAUGGUUUGCAUUGCA